GGCAUCAAAAUCGACGCAAACUUAAAAGCAAAGAAAAAACCCAACCAGAAGUAUUGAACCAAAAACCAGCGGGAAACCAUCUCAGCCAAAACCCUCAGCGCCACACCACCAAAACCCUUCCUCUCCCUCCUCUCUCUCCGUUCGAACGUUUUCCGUUCGGUUUGAUUUUUCUCCGAUCGAUUUUACAAGAAUCCGGAAUUUUGCAGCAGUUUUUGAUCGCAUCUUGGGUUAUUGUGUCUUCCUCAUUUGCAUAAGAACAGUCGAAAGAGACUUUUGCUGAAGCGUAAGGAACAAGAUCGCCACAAGUACAUCAUAAAGAGCAACCCAGUGUAACGAGCGCACAGUGCCAUCAUUUUCUUGAAUCUUUGAAACAUCUUCUUACACAGAAAGUUUAAGAAUCUUCUCUAGCUUGGAAACACAAGCGUUACCACUGGUACCGUCAGCCAUGGAGCAGGUGCCAUCGGACGCGCAAUCUAAGAGCAACAAAUGUGAAACUGGUGUUUUAGGUAAGGAAAAUGGGGGAUUGACUUCAUCUGCUGAAAAAGUUAUACCUGUGGCUGAUCCAAAUGCACAAUCCGCAGAAACUGAAAGAAAAGCUCGGGUAAAUGCUGCAUGGGAGCAAAUGAAUAAGAAUGCCUCUAUAAAGAUGCCCAAAACUUUUGCUAGCAAACCUAGUACAACAACAAUCACUAAAACAGAAUCAAAGACUUCUCCUAAUUGGAUGACGGCUCUAGGUCUGACACCACCAGCUUCACGUGGUAAGGACAUAGCGGAGAAGAGACCUAAUCUUGUACAAAAUAACCACACAAGUGAAGAGUCUAAGAAGCUUGCAGCUGCUGCAAUAUCUGCAGCCAAGGAUGCAGCUGCCACGGCUGCUGCAGCUGCAGGCGGGGGAAAGAUAGAGGUAACAGAGGUUCGAGAUUUUGCGGGUGAAGACAUUCAAGUAAAGAAACUAGUUGAUGUUGACUCAAAGGAGGCAGCAUUGGAGAAAGCCAAGGUUGGAGCCCCUUCUGCAGUUGACACAAUUCUUGAACAGAUUAAGAAGAAACAGAAGCUAAGUGUGCUUGAUAAGACGAAAAAGGAUUGGGGUGAAUUCAAGGAGGAGAACAAAGGGCUAGAAGACGAGUUAGAUGCUUAUAAGAAGAGUUCCGACAAGUAUACAGACAAAGUUUCCUUCCUACAGCGGACAGAUAUGCGCGAAUUUGAGCGAGAGAGGGAUGCUCGUCUGUCUUUACAGUCCAAGAGAAAAUCGGGGGCGCGAGAUGAAUAGUAAGAGCCACGAAAAACCACUUGCGUGAUCUCUAACCUUGCAGUCUUCAGUCACCCACGAUCAUAUUUUUGUUGGAGAUCGAUGGCUGAAGCAUAUGAAGGUGUCAAAUUGCUUUCACAUGAAAAUCUCUCUCUCCGGAGGAACUGAUGAAGGAGAGUGAGUCAGUGACAAGAGAGGGAAGAGCUUCAUGUACUUGAUAUAGACCACGGAAGACAAUUAUUGGUAUUUUUGGAGUCCAUUUGGCAAUUUUGACAAUGAAAAACAUUAUAAUUCUAAGUGGAAUGCCUUUUGAUUAUCUA